AUGAAAAGUGAAACUCAAGUUGACCUGUCCAGUACACCCACACUCCACGUCUUUUCUCUUUUGGAGAGACCCUGUUCUCGUGUUCUCCAAUUAGGUUCAACAGCAUUGGCUUGGGAAUUUGCUCUGGAAGAGAAGAAGCGGCUUCAGGAGAUCGAGCUAAUUAGGGAGGAUCACAUAAGCAAUCUACCGGACGAGGUCUUGAGCUACAUUAUAUCAUUGUUGACUUUGAGAGAAGCAGUGCGAACUAGCACUUUAUCAAGAAGGUGGAAGUAUCUUUGGAGAACAUCAGUUUCCAAUCUUGAUUUUGCUGCUGACAACAUGCUUGGGAGCCGGAACCCCCCAACAACACAUCAAGCUUGUCAAGAAAGAACAUCCAAAUUCAUAGGAGUGGUUGAUCAAACCUUGGAGCUUCUUCAGGAUUUUAAGGUUCAAAGGUUUAGGAUUUGUUCUCACUGGGAUAGCAAGUAUGUCAGUUGUCUUUACAGAUGGAUCAAAUUUGCAAUAAUAUCAGGGGUCAAAGAACUCCAUCUUGACUUCUACAACAAAAGUAGUUCCAAACUAGAUUCUAGGCUUUACAAAUUUCCCUCUGAUCUUCUUGCUUGUGGAAAAAUAUCAUCCUUGAAUCACUUAUAUUUGAGUUGUUGCACCUUCGACAUCUUGAGACCUUACCCUGGUUUUGAAGGUUUUGAUUCAGUUACCACCCUCUCACUAGAAUAUGUAUUUAUAACUGACAAAGAUGUGGAGGAUCUAUUGUGUCAUUGUUCUCACCUUGAAUGGCUGAAGUUGGCAAAAUGCAACCGUAUAGUGUAUCUAAGGAUCUCCAGUCCAUCCCUGAGACUCAAGUAUCUUGGCGUAAAUGACCUUUCUCAGUUGGUUGAAAUCAAGUUAUGUGCUUCAAGUCUUGUCACAUUUGAGUUCACAGGGUACAUGGUAAAUUUUUGUUUUGAGAAUGCUCCACUACUAGUAAAUGUAAUGCUUCAUAUUGGGGGCAACUUCUAUACCAUGGAUGGAGCUACCUAUGCCGUAACAAAACUUCCAACCUAUCUCCCUCAACUUGAGACUCUAGUCAUUUACAAUACCUGGCUUUAUUUUGAGGUAAAUAAUUUAAUGACACUUUUCUUA